AUGGCAUUGUAUUGGCUUCUGUAGCUCCUAUUUAUUCGAGCUCUUGUAGGUCGUUACAGUCUGCUGCGCGGAUCAUGGUGGUGUUCGUCUGUGGAAAGUGUAAUGAGAGUAUCAAGAAGAAAAACGUGGAACAGCAUUUUAAUAACUGUCGAAAUGCCACAGUUUCCUGCGUAGAUUGCUCUAAGGACUUUACGUACGUGAUUUGUCUUUUAUUUGGAUUUCGUAGACGGCAGUCAUUUGUUUCGCACACAUCGUGUAUAACCGAGCAAGAAAAAUACGACAAGCCGAAUUUUUCACAAAAAAUUCCUAAAGGCGCGAAUAAACAAAUGGAGUGGACUGAUCAGGUGCACUCUAGGCUGUCUGACUUCCCUGCGCAACAAGGAGUAAUCAAUCUUAUGGUAAAAAAACUGAUGGACAGCAGCAACGUUCCAAAAAAGAAAGCGAAAUUUCAAGUAAACUCCAAAUUUGGGAAGCUAUUUACUCGCUAGAAUUUUUUGAGGUCAUGUUUCAAGUACUCUAGGGACGACGACAUCAGCAAAAUUUGGGAGUUUAUAAACAAGCCUCCUGCUGACUGUGUUGAUAGCAUGGGUAAAUCUGUAAAUGAAGGCAACAGUGAAGGUGCCCCUUCUAACGUCAUCAGUGUACCUCAGAAUGGAGCUGCAGCUGCCGCAACAGGAAAAUCCAGUAGCUCCAAGCGGAAAGAUGCACCUUCUUCCGAAGUCCCACCAAAGAAACGUCAACGCAAAGAUACCGCUGAACGUAUUGCUUCGCAGUCUACCGACGCUUCGAAAGUGACGUGCACGCCCGACUUUUCUACGGGUAUGAAUUCCAAUGAGUUGCCAGCUUUUAGAGCCACAAAAUCAGAUGUCACUUAGGGGAGCAAUAGUCGCUGAGAUACUUGGAAAGAAACCCAUAAGAAUAACAAAGUUAAAAAAGCGUGUAAGUCCUUUAUUUUGAAACGUCUUUUGCACAAAUAGCCACUCAGGUCAUAGUAAGUCGGGCAAUCAGAGUUGCGUCUACACUAGUCAGGAGUGACAUUUCUAGCCGGUCGAGUUUAAGCUGAUGUUUUCUGCCAAUGAGCUCUUGAUCCCUAUCCUAUUAUGGUUUAUAGUCCAAAGGCAGCUUAAAUACUGUCGAGUCGGCGUCCAAUAGAAAGAAGGGGACCUAGCCUUAUUUUUGACAGGUUUUUUUUUAUUCAGUAAUCCGCUUAUUGAGAGGGUCAGGAGUCCUUCGUCAGCAUGGUCAGCGCAAUCACUGGUGUCUAGUACGUUCACCCGCACACGAACAGUGUUGCAUUCUAACUGCGAACUGCAAAAGCAAAUGUGAUUAAGGAAAUAGCGCCCAUACUUGUGGUGUUAGACUGUCCAGUCGGUUUACCACGAACUAGUUCGCUAAAAGGGAAGUGAAGGACAUACCAUACGAGAUGGUAUUAAAGUUUCACCUAUAAUUUGCCUUCAAAACUUUAGAACUUACAAAUACCAAAUUUCCAUGGGCGGUCUGCGGAAUUAGCUUAAUUGACUGCAUCCCCAUUCCAUUAAAAAGGAAUUCCUUAGCGACAAAGACAAGGAUUCGUUGUCCGUGGCUCAGUGGUUAGAGGCGUUGGACUUCUAACGAACAGGUCACGAGUUUGAGCCGCAGGUGUUGCACACCCCGGGAUUGGGUAUGUCUGUCUGACGACGGAUAAUAAGCCAGAAAUGGCGACUCCAGUCCCCCUUGUUUUUGUCGGUAAUGACAUUCUGCCUAUAUCAUGCGCCGCUGUGCGGCUGCUGGUUGGGCUCGAGAGAGAGCCCCUACGGCACAACAGAAUGAGUGAGUUCCACAAGAACGAUCGGUGAGCGCCCCUCCACUAAAGGAAUUCCUUUCGUGCUCUGCAUCCAUCAUGGGAAAUACGCAACUGAUGUGAUACAACUCAGUCCGUCACCCUCACUCGGCAGUUUAACCGAGACUCUUCUCGUCGAGAUAAUGCAAGGGAUUAAGCAUUAUUUGAUAUCUGUCUACAGUUGGCUGGUUCUGAUGUUCAUGUAGAUGGUGAGCCUUUUCAAGUUCAGUAGCUUUACAAUCGUAUAUAGCCACCCUUGAAGGUUUGAUACUGGAAUCUUUUGUAGAUUCUGAAUCCUCUAGAUGUCCUACUUCAAGACAUUUACAGAAACGCUGGGCAGCACACGAGUGGGCUGGCAGGCAAGACUGUGCCUGACUAGAGUUUCUACAAGCUUUAACGUUUCCGCAUAAAUUUAGCCGUUUUUCACCACUCAACCUCGGUUCUUUCGACUUUACGAUAGGUUUUCAAGAUCUUCCGAAGUUCAACCCAGUUUAAUGAGGCCCUACACAACGAGGACUGGCUUGAACGAAAGUUCGAGAAGAUUCUGCGCAGCAAAAAACGUUUCCUUCUUACCGAGGAUGGUGAACGGGUAUCUCUUGUACCAAGAGGUGAAGAGUCUAAGGAUGAAUUGGAACAAUGAGUUUGACCGCGACCGGGCGGACUGUUUCAGAUGUACAGACUUACCUACUUAUAUUUAGUAAUGGUCCUCUGCAUUCAUUUCUCUGUUAUACUAUUUUACCUUUUCAUUCAUAUUUAAUAGGGACCUCAGAACCGGAUACACUCGAAAGCCAGCCGUCUGCCAAGUUGUCGUCCAUAAGCAAUCCUAUUUGA